GGUACCACGGUCACGUUACUUGAUGAGUCAACUACUUUAACGUGGGAUCUGCGCCGCGCGAUCGUCGCAACACCAUCUUGCACCAACUCCAGGACUUCAACGAGAUGCCUUGGGACCCUGUAAAGCUCAAUAAUGGCCAUUCUAUGCCCAGCAUAGCUUUCGGAACGUGGAAACUCGGAAACGGUGAUGGCCCUAUAUCCCAGGUUGACCAAGCAAUCUCUGUCGGAUUCAACCACUUUGAUACCGCUCAAAGCUACAGAAAUGAAACAGAAGCUGGAAUUGCGAUUCGUGAGAGCGGUCUGGCGCGAAAUGAGGUAUUCAUUACUACCAAGUACUCCGGGCUGGACGGACUGGAUAUCAAGACGUCUAUCCAGAAUAGCUUGAAGAAUCUGGGAGUCACCUACGUGGACCUGUAUCUUAUUCAUCACCCACGACUCGCUGUUCCCGAUAUACCUACCGCGUGGAAAGAGAUGGAAGCUCUCCAAGCACAAGGGCUGGCAAAGAGCAUCGGUGUGAGCAACUUUGGAGUCAAUGAGAUCGCGUUGUUACUGGCCUCUUCAAAUAUAAAACCUGCAGCUAACCAGAUAUUGCUUCAUCCAUAUGUCUACGCCCGGCAGAGUCCUGUCGUUGACUACUGCCAGAAGGCCGGUGUUGUCAUCGAAGCCUACAGUCCUCUUAUUCCAAUUACAACGCUUCCGGGAGGCGCAGUAGAUAUUCCAGUUAAUGAUCUCGCCAAAAAGUAUGGCGUCACCCCUGACCAGAUCCUUCUGGCAUGGACAAAGUCGAAAGGUGCUGUUGUCGUAACGACGAGCUCGAAGAAAUCCAGGUUGGAAGGAUAUCUGAAUGCUGGGGACCUUGAACUCACCCCUCAUGAAAUUGCUGCUAUCGAUUUAGCGGGUGCGGCUGAGCCCACACACUUGAAGUUUACGCGUCGUGUCGCUGUAACGUGUCUUGGACUCGCCAUUGCGUGGGGAACUCUGCGCGCGCUGGGAUAUUGAGAUGAGCCGCCUUCACAAUGUAUACUGUGUACCACUACUGUCAAACUACAUAAGCGCUUGCUUUCUGAAAUCUGAGAGUGGCUGUGUCCGCCGAGUGCCGCGGC